AUAUUCGCACUUUCUUACUUCAAGGAUAUCAUACAGAAAAGAAAACAUAUAUCCGUGUGAGAAUAUGGAACCACUUUGAUCAGAAUAAUACAUUAAAAGCAGCUCGUAAAGUUGGUAUUCGUACUGCUUCUGAUGAUCUAACUUCCAAAUAUUAUCAUCGUAAAGUAGCCUAUGAUCUCAAACCAUUAAAACAAAUUUGUCUUGUCAAUGUUGAAACUGCACCAGACCCACGAUGGAUUACAAUUGUAUAUGGAGACCAAACUAAUUUACUGAAAGCAUUUGCACUAUGUUGGAAACUUUUAGCCUCAGAUAUACAAAUAGGCUUUAAUGAUUCACAAUAUGACUGA